GGCCGGGGAGCGAGGGUGGGCCGGCGGCCGCCUCUGCGCCGGUUUGCCCCGGGACGCUCCCGGCCGCGGGGCCCGUAGGUGGCCUCUGUGACUCCCUGCGUCCUGGCUGCCUCUCGGCGUGCGAGGCCCGAAAAGGGCCGUAGGUGGCCUUGUCAUGCGUCCUAAGAAUGUACUGUGCAGCCUCGAGAACUGUCUGGCCGUUAGCCCUUCAUCCUUGGGUAAAGAAAUGACCAACCAGUACAGUAUUCUCUUCAAACAGGAGCAAGCCCAUGAUGAUGCCAUUUGGUCAGUCGCUUGGGGGACAAACAAGAAAGAAAACUCUGAGACUGUGGUCACAGGAUCCCUGGAUGACCUGGUGAAGGUCUGGAAAUGGUGUGAUGAGAGGCUGGACCUGCAGUGGAGCCUGGAGGGACACCAGCUGGGCGUGGUGUCCGUGGACAUCAGCCACACGCUGCCCAUUGCUGCAUCCAGUUCUCUCGAUGCUCACAUCCGCCUCUGGGACCUGGAAAAUGGCAAACAGAUAAAGUCUAUAGAUGCAGGACCUGUGGAUGCCUGGACUUUGGCCUUUUCCCCUGAUUCCCAGUAUCUGGCCACAGGAACUCAUGUGGGGAAAGUGAACAUUUUUGGUGUGGAAAGUGGGAAAAAGGAAUAUUCUUUGGACACGAGAGGGAAGUUCAUUCUUAGUAUCGCAUACAGUCCUGAUGGGAAGUACCUGGCCAGCGGAGCCAUAGACGGAAUCAUCAAUAUCUUUGAUAUCGCCACUGGAAAACUCCUGCACACGCUGGAAGGCCAUGCCAUGCCCAUCCGCUCCUUGACCUUCUCCCCGGACUCUCAGCUGCUGGUCACGGCCUCAGAUGACGGCUACAUCAAGAUCUAUGACGUACAACACGCCAACUUGGCCGGUACACUGAGUGGCCACGCGUCGUGGGUGCUGAAUGUCGCAUUUUGUCCUGAUGACACUCACUUUGUUUCCAGUUCGUCGGACAAAAGUGUGAAAGUUUGGGACGUUGGGACGAGGACUUGUGUUCACACCUUCUUCGAUCACCAGGAUCAGGUCUGGGGAGUAAAAUACAAUGGAAAUGGCUCAAAGAUCGUGUCUGUCGGCGAUGACCAGGAGGUUCACGUCUAUGACUGCCCCGUGUAGACACCGCCCGGGCGGUGCACAGAGAGAAUGAUACAGUGAUCGCGACAUUCCUGACCUUUCUAGCGUAACAAAAUAGAGCAUUUAUUGUAGCAGAAACUUAAAUUUUGUAGAUACAAUAUAAAUCUUUUCAUGUUUUAUUGGAAA